AUGACCGUAGUUUCAAACGAUCCCAUUUGGUGGCCGUCCAUCAAUUCGUAUCGUAUCGCCAGCUAUUUUAUAGUUGCCGCCUCUGCUGGGGUGAUGUACGAUUGGACAUUGACAUUCGGACGUGAGGUUGAGCUGAUUUGGAGACAAAACUGGUCCCUCAUGACUGGGUUGUAUCUCAGUUCGCGCUACCUUGGAAUAAUAUACACGGUCAUCGGCUUGCUGGUAUAUGUUCCAACAAUCUCGUUGACAGAUGCAGUGAGUAUUCUGCACCGAUGUUGGUCAUUCCCGUCUAAUCAGCUGCAUUAUCAUGUAGGGUUUGGGUGGAGUAUGUGGUCUUCCGAGGCUGAUUACGAACUGGAUUUGCCAGGCCAUAUUGUAUAUGUCAUAUCAAAUUCGAUAAUCACAGUCGUAAAUGCAAUACUAGGCGUCAUCAUGAUCGCUCGGUUGCAUGCCAUGUACCAGCGCAGAAAGAUGCUGGUAUUUCUCUCCGUCAUCCUCCUGGUUGUCACAAUCGCCAAUGUAGUGGCCAUAACAAUAAUAACGAUGCAUAUGUCAGAGGAAGAGCUUGUUCUCUCCGGCACCUACCAGUGCUCUGUUGACCUUGGGGACAACACAGAUCUAUCUUAUUUCAUGUAUUGGACGUUCAUCACUGCAUGGGAGGUCCUCGCACUGUGUCUCGCAAUAUGGAUUGCUGUAAAACACUUCCGUGAACUGCAACGACCAUCGACCGGAUGGAUUGUCAGGGAUUGUUUCACGGCGUUAACGAAGAGUCAUUUGGUUUACUUUGUGAGCUUUGUUGCUGUCUCUUGUUUCAAUUUCGGUUAUUUGUCUCCAGCUAUCUCAGCGGAACCGUUUUCACUCGAAAACCAGAUUUAUCCGGGUCUCACUCAGAUUUUCUUGCUUGUCCAGUUGUUUGUGCUAGGACCACGCUUGAUACUCAGUGUUCGAGAAUAUCAUGCUAAGAGCGUGGCCAAUUCUGAUGCAGCAAUCGGCAUGGCCUCAGGAUAUUUCCAGGAGCGCGUUCUCUGUCAACUCCUCGAUACGCCCUCCAUCCCUCUGUUUCUUGUCGGCGGUGCAACUUCGGUAGGGGUAGAUGGGGUUGUCCAGGCUUGGAACGUCCACGAAGACGUGAUCAAUGACGAGUAG